CCACACUCCCUCCCACACUCCAUUAAUCUAACAGCAACUGGGGCAGCAAGCAGAAGUGUGUCAGACUUUAGGGUGCAUGUGCACAUUUCUUCUUUAGAACCAAGAUUCUUUCUUAGAGACAUUUUCUUUCUUUCCUUCUGUAAAGUAUUUACUCUGCUGCCAGUAGAAGCAAAGAAAACUUAAAUUGGUUUCUCAAAAUUAACUCCACAGAACAGCUGCACACAUUACGGACUGUCAAGGACCCCGUGGAACCUUACUUUUCUCUCAUGGUUGCUUUUGUAUUUUUCCUGUAGUCCUGACUUUUGCUUGACACAAACAUGUGCAGACUUUUGAGGAUAGCAUUUUUGCUCUGUGUCAAAUUGGUGGACACUGCAAAUGGGAAUACAGGACUAAUGCCUAAAAGAGAGACAGCAGCUUCCUCCUGCUAUGGGGGUUUUGACCUGUACUUUGUACUAGACAAAUCAGGAAGUGUGCAGCAUCACUGGAAUGAAAUAUAUAACUUUGUGGAACAUCUGGCCCAUAAGUUCAUAAGCCCUCAGUUGCGGAUGUCCUUCAUUGUAUUCUCUGAUCAGGGCAAUAUUUUGAUGUGGCUUACAGAAGACAGGGACCAAAUUCGGAAAGGUUUGGAGGAACUCCAUAAAGUUCGACCAGGUGGAGACACGUUUAUGCAUGAAGGCAUUCAGCGGGCCAGUGAACAGAUUUACUAUGGUAACUCUGAGGGAUAUCGCACAGCCAGUGUGAUCAUCGCCCUCACAGAUGGAGAACUGCAUGAAGAUCUCUUCUAUUAUGCUGAGAGAGAGGCCGAUCGCUCUCGUAGCCUGGGUGCCUCUGUGUACUGUGUAGGAGUGAAGGAUUUCAAUGAGACUCAGCUGGCCAAGAUUGCUGACAGCAAAGACCAUGUCUUUCCAGUAAAUGACGGCUUUGAAGCUCUUCAAGGUGUCAUUGGUUCGAUCUUGAAGAAAUCAUGCAUAGAAAUCCUUGCUGCUGAACCUUCCAGUAUCUGUGCUGGAGAGGCGUUCCAAGUCGUCGUGAGAGGAAACGGAUUCCUUCAUGCUAGAAAUGUGGACAAGGUUCUUUGCAGCUUCAGAAUAAACGACACCCUUACCAGAAUGGUGAAGCCAUUGGUGGUGGAGGACACAUAUCUGCUCUGUCCAGCUCCUGUUCUUCGAGAGGAGGGAACGGCAGCCUCCCUUUACGUUAGCAUGAAUGAAGGCUUGAGUUUUAUCUCUAGUUCUGUUACUAUCACCACUGUAAGAUGUUCUGAUGGUACGAUCCUGGCCAUAGCGCUACUGAUAGUGAUGCUACUGCUAAUUCUGGCUCUCCUCUGGUGGUUUUGGCCUCUCUGCUGCACAGUGAUUAUCCAUGAACCUCCACCACCAGUAGUUGAAGAUAGUUCGGAUGAUGAAGAGGAUGGAACUCCGAAGAAGAAGUGGCCAACAGUGGACGCGUCCUACUAUGGAGGAAGAGGAGUUGGCGGAAUUAAAAGAAUGGAGGUUCGCUGGGGUGAGAAAGGUUCAACCGAGGAGGGUGCUAAACUGGAAAAGGCAAAGAACGCGAGGGUAAAGAUGCCUGAGCAAGAGUUUGAAGUUCCUCCUUCUCGCAUCCUAAACAAUGGCAUGCGGAAACCUCCAGGCCCUCGUAAAUGGUACUCACCCAUCAAGGGAAAACUGGAUGCAUUGUGGGUACUUCUGAAGAAAGGGUAUGACAGAGUGUCCAUCAUGCGACCACAACCUGGAGACAAGGGUCGCUGUAUGAACUUCACACGCAUUAAGUCUAGUCCCCCUCCACGCUAUCCAUCCUACAACCACCAUUCUUCCCCCAUCUACACCCCUCCAUGCACCCUUAGCCCACCCCCUCCUCAGGGCCAGCUCCCCCCUCCUCCACAUAGUCCACCCACCUCCCUGUCCUCCGGAAUACCUUUGGCACCAUCUACGCCCCCACCUCACGCCAUCAACCCGUCUCCACCCAUCACUCCUCCACCAUCCUAUUCUCCACCCCCUGUCUGGUCCUCAUCUCCUAACACUCUCUACUUUUCUCCGCCCACAUCUCUGCCCUCUCUUCCACCAUCUCCUCCUGCCUCACUGCCCCCUCCGCCUCAAGCCCCGCCUCCAGGAAGAGCUCCUCCUCCAGAUCGCCCACCUCCACGGCCUUGUGUGUAAUGUGAAACAUUUUGUAUGGGACUACUACAAGGACUGGAAGUAAACAGGAAACAUACAUUUUCCAUAUCCUCUUCAAGAUUCCGUUGCUGUGUGGCCUAAUGCAAUAAAACGUGAUUCAAAGAUCACCUGUGGCAUCAAGGGCAUUUGCUCCUGUGAAA